CAAUAUGUCAGAGUAGAUAAGAAAAUAGCACCUGUUAUCAAAAUGUUUUAUCAGUGUUGAAUCACUUCUCAAAGGGAGAGACGCCCAAUUUGUCACAGUGCAUAGUUUUUCAGUUUAUAAAAUUAAAGAUUGUUUAGUAAAAAAAAUGAAGACAAAAAGUGUUUUAUACUAUCUCGCAAUUGGUUUACUGAUACUAGGACUCUUCAUUGAAGAAGCUGAAGGACGUAGAAAAAUUUUACGUGGACGUAAAACUAUUACGAGACGAUACUACAGAAGUGCAGCGAUACCAGCAUGGUCCAUUGUCCUCAUUUCGGGUAUAGGAAUGUUGGUUCUCGGUGGUGGUUUAUAUUUAAUUCUAAAGAAAUUUAUAAUUGAUGAUAAUCCCAUGGAAGGGACAACAUAUCAGCCAGUGGUACAAGGUGAUGUUUAAAUUAAAAUCACGAGAAAAAAAAUUAAAACUUUCAUUUUCACACGAAAUGUCAUUAUUAUUAUUAAUAUUAUUAUUACUAUAAUCAUUAUAAAUUAUGUAAGAUAAUCAAAUUGUACAAAGCCAAGAAUACAGACUCGGUUCUUUUUAUAUCUAUAAACAAAUGUUUUUUUUUUUUUUCUUCAAAUUGACUCUUUUUUAAAUCCCAAAUCUACUAAUAAAAACAGAAAAGGAAACACUGAACAAUUAAUUGUACAGAUUUAAAAAAUAAGAAUCAAAAUGAAU